AUGAUCUGGUGUAAAAAGAAAGGCACCCUCAAAACAAAACCCAAGAAACGCAAGAAGCGGCUCACAGCCAUUAAUCCCGGCUGCAAGCUGUGCAACAAGCUCCGACCACAGGGUCACACGUCCAUCUCGUACAAUGCAGACAGUGCCACCACACCCAAAGCCAGCCUGACGCUCGGCAUAAAUCCUCAUCUGCUAUCCGCCAGCAAAUGCGAUUAUUGCAAGCUGUUGAAACAAAGCCUGCGGGAAUUUGUUGGGCCCGAGUGGUCCCAAAUCUCUGCCCCGGUGUGUCUUGAUCUUGUGGACGGCUCGCCUAUCAUACUGUCGGUGCAAGAGUCCAAUGGCAAGACUACGGCGUGCGAGUUGUAUACCCCAUCAGAUGAGCGCCCACCAUGGCCCGCACUGGGUCACGCCAGCAGGAUUCCCAUAUCCUCGGCGUCUGAGGCGUCGUUCGAGUUUGCGCGUAAUUGCAUUAAAGACUGCCUGUCGAACACUAACCACACCGCCUGCCGGAAUCCCGCUCCGACCAUACGCCCGACGCGCCUCAUAGACGUCCGGGGCGAUGACCGACACAUAAAGCUUGUGGAGCUCAACGGAAAGAUCGCCCGGUAUAUUACCCUCAGCUACUGCUGGGGCGCCGGCUCGGCGGUGACGACGACAAUCUCAAAUGUGCAACGAAUGCGACAAACUAUCGAAUGGGAUACCUUACCAGCCCUGUUCCAGGACGCCAUCAACAUCACUCGCCGGCUGAACGUCCCCUACCUGUGGAUCGACGGCCUGUGCAUUGUCCAAGAUGAUCACGAGGAUUGGGAAAGAGAAUCCUCGAAAAUGAGCGACAUCUAUGAAGCUUCAUACGUCACAAUUGCGGCCGACUGGUGUGAGGACAACAGCCACCGCUGUCUAACAGACCGCCCGAAGCGGCUGCACCUUCAACACCAGACCACACCGGGAAAAUCGUACACGGUCAAAGUGCGUAAACGUUCCCACCACCACGAAGCGCCGGAGGAGGGCCUGCCCUUUCAAGUGGAAGGACCUUUGAGGUCUCGAGCUUGGGCAUUGCAGGAGACCAUGCUCUCCCCACGGAUUCUCCACUAUACAGAGACCGAGAUCGCAUUCGAGUGUCGUUCCACGUUCCGGUGCGAGUGCACCCCCUCUCCACGCCGGAAAGCGACGACUCCGGGCCUAUUGCCCAAACUGCUUUCAUGUCCCGAACGGCCCAGCAAGAUCUUCCGAGCUUGGCAACGCGUGCUCGCGCAGUUUACCCUCCGCAAGCUGACCGUCCCGUCCGACAAGCUCCCGGCUAUCUCAGGCAUUGCCAAAAAGGUUCAAAUCGCCACCGAGUCGGCGUACCUUGCCGGGCUCUGGAACGACAAUUUGGUCGAGGACUUACUCUGGGCUUCCGCCCCGCAUCUGGAGUCGCCGCAUCUCGCACGCAGGCUGGUCGAAUAUCGUGCGCCGAGUUUCUCGUGGGCCUCGGUCGACACUCAGAUCCAGCCGUUUGUGGACCGAGAGGACCCAAACGUCCGCUUGAGCCCUUAUAUCACGAUCACCCAAACCUCGUGCACGGUUUUCGGCGCCAAUCCGCUCGGCGCCGUCACGGGCGGCUUCAUCGACGUGUGCGGACCUGUAGUCGAAGCGACAUUAGUGGCGCCGGAACGCUACAAAUUCGAAUAUUACUUGGUGACGAGGAGCGGCGCCACGACGGUGGGCGUUGCUCCAGACUCUCUGUUGGUGCAGGACCCGAUCGAGGAUGACGCCGGGUUGCUGCGAGGGAUGGUACGGCGGGGGAGAGAAGGAGAGAGCUACAAGCCGUUCAAAGCGCCGGUGUGGUGUCUCAGCGUGGGGGGCCAUUCCCAGGGCUGCAUCUCCGGCCUCGUGCUGACCGGGUCGGCGCGAGUGCCGGGAGAUUUUGAACGGAUCGGCUAUUUUUCGUGCGGCAACGACUGGCUGGUAGGGGCGAAGACCCGGAAGAUCAGACUUGUGUGA